AUGGCGAAGAAGAAAGUGAAAGAUGGUGGGCCUCAGGUAGGUGUUCUUGGGUUCUGUUAUGAUAAAGAAUUAAAGACUGUAAACGGAGUGGUGACAAGACUUUGCCAUGAUUAUGGGAUGAUAGAUGAGAUGAUAAUCUUCACAAAGGAUGCUGUGGCAAAAAAUAUGAUGCUGAGUGUUGGACAGGAAGUUAUUGCCACUGUUGAAGAGGAUAAAACAUCAGGUGGCUUGAAGGCCAUCAGGGUAGAUGCAGCCCAGAAUACACAAGACUCCAGACCUACUUGGGAUGCUUCUGAACUAAAUAUGAAAAUACUAGUUGGCAAUGUUACCUCUCUUUCUAAAGAUGGUGGUUAUAUUAAUCAGACCACUUUCUUUGCAAUGGAAAAUGUCUGUGAAGGUUUCAAACCCUACAAAGGUGACUGGGUGCAAGCGAAAUAUUUUAUUAACCCAACAACAUGGAACAGUGAAGCAGUUGCUGUACGGCCUUUGAGAUAUAAACAAGUAGAUAAGGUUCGCAUUUCCAGCAUCUGCAGAAGAAAUGGUACAGUAGAUGAGAGUAUAUUUUUCACUUUGGAUUCAUUGAAACUUCCCGAUGGCUAUUCACCUUGUAGACAUGAUCUAGUGAACACGAUUGUUGUGGAGAGCAACCAGUCCUGUUAUAUUUGGAGAGCUCUCUGCUUGGUUCCGGUCAGCCAGGAUGGUACUUGACUUGGAGAGGAAAGUAGGAAACCUUAUGAAAACAUAAUGAAUGACAAAGGAGGGUUGGAAAUAUCAAGAAUGGCUAAUUUUGGAACUCUGAAGCAGGGAGAAUCUAAAAGAAUUUUAAUUUGGAUAGAGAAUAAAGGAAGUGUACCACAAUCCUUAAUCAGCUGCAGAUUAGCUGGAUGGGUGAAAGACAAUCAGUUCAGUCUUCAGAUUCCACAAAAAUGUGAGAGCAGUCCAGAGGCAUAUCUGUCAUCUUUUCUAGUAAAUCAAGAAAACUCCUCAAAAGCUGAAAUUAAUUCAUGUUAUGACAGUAGAGGAACAACAUAUGAGUCAUUGAAUAAUGAAACAACUAUGAAGAAUGGAGUCAUUCCAGAAGAAAUUAUUUCUCAGGAUGCAGAUUUAUUAAGGACAGAAGAAAAGUUUUCCUUGGCAAAAGGUGAAAACCUACCUAAUAGAGAAAAUGAGCAAAGAGGAGAUGUGGAGCAACCAAUAAAGCAUGUCAAUAUUAGUGAAGAAGUUGUUAUACCACCAGGUGGAAAAAUAUUCAUAGUGAUCAUAUGCACAGCUGUAAAUCCUGGAUACAGUAAAGAACUCCUUUUGCUUGGGUUUUCCGACUUUACUGUUGGACGCUAUGUUGAAGCCACUGUAACAAAUGAGGAAGAAUUACUAAUAGCACCCGUGGAACCGUUUUCUCCAAGAAAGCCUAAAACUAUUCCAGAACCUCAAACAAGGAAAACAACAGUGAUUGUCCCUAAAUACAGAAGAAGUAAAAGAAAGAUGCCAAGCUUUCUCCCACAUUAUACUGUACCAAGUGAGUUAAGAAAAUGUGUGGAGCAGCAUUUAGACAUACUGACCUUUCAGCCUCUCCUAGCAGAGCAUCUUAACCUAGAUAAUUAUAAAGCCAAAUUUUCUACUCUCCUGUGGCUUGAAGAGAUCCAGGAAGAAAUGGACAUAAAAGACUUUAACAUGAAUGGGGUUAUUUUGAAAAGGAAUGGGAACUCAUUAGUGUUGGAAGUGCCGGGUGUAGAAGAGCACAGACCUCACCUGGUUACAGGUGAUAAGGUGAUACUGAGAAGUCAAGUCUACUCGGAGCAUAUGAUAGAAUAUAUUGCCUAUGUUACUGAGAUAGAUAAUGAAGACGUUAUUCUUAAAUUUGACGCAGACUUUGAACAGACUUACGACUUGGAACCUAUGGAUGUCGAAUUUGUUUACUGCAGGAUUACUAGCAGGCGAUGCCAGUUGGCAGUUGAACAAGCUGUCUGCCUGGGUGAAAAAGUUGAUGAAACUGUGACACUUAAACAGAGCACUGGUGAAUUUUUCAAUCCUAUGUUGAAUGAGCAACAGAAACUGGCAGUCAAAAGAAUACUGAGUGGCGAGUGUCGUCCAACACCUUACAUUCUCUUCGGACCACCAGGAACCGGAAAAACAUUAACAGUAAUUGAAGCUAUUUUACAGAUACAUUAUACUCUACCAGACAGUCGAAUUUUGGUUUGUGCACCAUCAAAUGCUGCAACAGAUUUGGUUUGCUUGCGGCUCCAUGAAAGCAAUGUGUUAAAACCAGGAGCUAUGGUCCGAGUUAAUGCUAUCUUCAGGUCAACAGAGUAUAUCAAUGAUGUGGUGAAACCUUACUGCAAAGACGGUGAUGAUAUUGAGAAAGCGUCAUGGUUCAGAAUAAUAAUUACUACAUGCAGCACUGCAGGAAUAUUUUAUCAAACAGCAAUACGGCCUGGACACUUCACUCAUUUGAUUCUGGAUGAAGCAGGGCAAGCAAGUGAACCAGAGAGCCUGAUUCCUAUGGGGUUGAUUUCAGAAGCUAAUGGACAGAUAGUUCUUGUUGGAGAUCCAAAACAGUUAGGGCCAGUAAUAAAAUCUAGAAUUGCACUGAAUUUUGGAUUAAGUGUGUCCUUGCUGGAAAGACUGACAUCAAGAGAGAUAUAUCUGAGAGAUGAGGAUGCUUUUGGUGUCUGUGGAGCAUAUAAUCCUUUGUUGAUCACAAAACUUGUAAAGAACUACAGGUCACAUUCUGCGUUGCUUGCCUUGCCAUCUAAAUUGUUUUAUCAUAAGGAGCUAGAAGUUUGUGCAGAUGCUUCGGUAGUGUCUUCUUUGUUGCACUGGGGGAAAUUGCCCAGGAAGGGGUUUCCGUUAAUUUUUCAUGGAAUAAGGGGCAACGAAACACGGGAAAGUCACAGUCCUUCGUGGUUUAACGCCACUGAAGCGGUUCAAGUAAUGCGGUACUGCUGUGAUCUUGCUAAAAAAGAAAACUGUGCGGUGUCAGAGGCUGAUAUUGGAGUGAUUACACCAUAUCGUAAGCAGGUGGAAAAAAUUAGAUUUCUACUGAGAAGUAUUGAUUUGACAGACAUUAAAGUUGGCUCAGUAGAAGAGUUUCAAGGGCAGGAGUACAUGGUUAUCAUCAUAUCAACAGUGCGAUCUGAUGAAGGCUUAUUUGAUGAUGACAGGCACUGUUUGGGCUUUCUUUCUAACACAAAAAGAUUUAAUGUAGCAAUUACUAGAGCAAAAGCUUUGCUCAUUGUCGUGGGAAAUCCUCAUGUUCUUAUGAAAGAUCCCUGUUUUUGGGCACUGAUAGAAUACAGUUUAAUGAAUGGAGCUUAUGUAGGUUGUGAUCUGCCUUCAGAGCUGGAAUGCCUGCAGAAGUGA